AUGUGUGGGAUCUUCUUUUCCUUGUCAAGGAGGCCCACUGUACCAAAUUCAGAAACCAAGUCUCUACUGAUUCAACGCGGCCCUGACAGCUGUCAGACGCACACAGUUCAACGGGAGGUUCAGGCACAAGAUGGAGUGUCUGCGCCAAUAACCCUGUACUUGACGUUCAUCUCGACAGUGCUAUCACUGCGAGGUGACCAUGUCUACAAGCAGCCCCUUGUAGACUCGGCAAGCCAAUCUGUGCUCUGCUGGAAUGGGGAAGCCUGGAAGAUUGCUAACGAGCGGGUCUCGGGCAACGAUACAGAGCUUGUCUUUGAUCGAUUCGUCCAAGCUGUGACGGGAGAUGCCGAUCAGGCUAUUGAGAACUUUGCGAGUGCAGUUGCGGAUAUUUCAGGUCCGUUCGCAUUUGUCUUUUACGAUGCCGUUCAUGGACGAAUUUUCUUUUCCAGAGAUUGCCUCGGCAGGAGGUCACUCCUGCGUGGCAUGGAUGAGGAUGGCAGUCUGAAGAUCUGCAGCAUAUGCGAUGGAUCUUCGUCUACACAUUUCCAAGAAGUUGGAUUUGAAGGUGUCUAUAUGAUUGACCUUGAGAAAUAUCAAGAUCCGUCUAGAGACUCUGCAGAGCCAUAUAAGAUUGACAUUUUGCCCUGGAGUUCCGAUUCCUCUCCCCUUGCAGGUCAUAUAAAAAACCCCAUUCCACCAAUGAACAUGUCUAUUCCAGAGGAACAGCCUCCGGCUCUAAGACUAGAGACACCCUUCGUCAAGGACCUCCAAUUCAAACUACACCAGUCUCUCACCCUAAGAAUUGAAGACGUACCCGAACCACCGGGUUACGUCCAAGGCGAAAGCGCCAAAAUUGCAGUCCUCUUCUCCGGCGGUCUAGACUGCACACUCCUCGCCCGUCUAUCCCACGACAUCCUCCCCAUCAACGAACCCAUCGAUCUACUCAACGUCGCAUUUGAAAAUCCACGCGUUGCCGCUGCCGCCGCAGCAACCUCAAAGCAGCAAAACUCAUCUUCAUUACCUUCAGCAGAACCUACUUCUUUCUACGAAACAUGUCCAGACCGAAUCACCGGCCGCUCGGCACACACUGGGCUCCAAAGGACCUGUCCAGGCCGGACUUGGCGGUUCGUCGCCAUCGACAUCCCUUACACCGAGACCCUCGCACACCGCGACUCUGUCAAGAGGCUGAUGAGGCCGCACAACACGGAGAUGGAUCUUUCCAUCGCCUGCGCACUGUACUUUGCCUCGCGCGGUCAAGGCACCGUCUCUGAACCCACACCAUCCCCAUACACCACCACGGCUCGCGUUCUCCUCUCGGGUCUCGGCGCUGACGAGCUCUUCGCCGGGUACGGUCGACACGGGGUAGCUUUCUCGCGCGGUGGAUUCCCAGGGCUCAUUUCUGAGAUCCAGUUAGACGUCAGUCGACUCGGACAGCGCAAUCUCGGCCGUGACGACCGCGUUCUCUCUCACUGGGGAAGGGAAACCCGGUUCCCAUACCUGGAUGAGGAAUUUGUCGCGUGGGUGCUGCAGGCACCAGUAUGGCAAAAGUGUGGGUUCGGCCUAGCUGAGCCCCAGAGUGAAGAUGAGGCUCGUCAUCUUGAGGGUAUUGAUAAGGAGAAGAUGGCGCUGCGACUCGUAGCUCUUCAACUUGGAUUGGUCUCUGUUUCCAAGGAGAAAAAGAGGGCAAUUCAGUUUGGGGCGCGGACGGCAAAGAUGGAGAAGGGGAGGACAAAGGGGACUGAUGCUUUGAGUUGA